AUGGGUUCUACAUUAUCUAAAAAAUAGAAAUCUGGUUUGAUUUUGUUUUGUGUUGGAACAGGUUUUUUAAUUGGAAGAUUAUAUUAUAACGGCAAAUUCAAUAAGGAACCGGAACCUUAAAGUAAACAAGAAGAUAGUGAGACAUAUACCUAAAUUCAAAUUUCCAAUUUUCCGAAGGAUUCUGUUCAAGUCAACGAAUAACUAUUACAAAAGGCUGCGAAAUAAAUCAAGGUUGAAUUCCAAGGACACUUGUUAUCUAUGAAUACAAUUAUCUAAAUAUUUCAAAGAUCAAUUGAUCUAGUCAAACCUGAAUAUAGAGAGAUUACACUUAACAAUAGAGAAUGUAUUUUUAUAUAAUAUCACUCUAGAGAGAAGAGAAGCAAAGGCAAAAUCCAACAGUUCAUUGUAUCAAUAAUUGAAAAUUUAAUAGAAAAGAAAUAAAUUGAUCUUUGUUAAUAUCUAUAAAUUUCAGAGGAAGUGCUCUAGGAAAGUGCAAUGUCAUUAGAGGAGAGUGGAUAAUAUCAACAAUUCGUUAUGAUACAAGCAACACAAAGAAUACAAAUCAAAGAAUCCAUACCAAACAAAAAAACCUUGUCAGUAGAUGACUUAAAAAAAGUACUCAGCUUCUAGGUACAAAUUUUGAAUAAGAAACCAAAAGAAUUGGUUUAAAUGAUUCAAGCUCUAUCACAGGCUAACUAAUAUAAUCAAAUAUUAAUCCCUAUGGCAAUUAAUACAAUUCUAUUUGAUUACUGCUAUGAUGAAUUCUAAAUUGAAGAAGAAGACUUGAUGGUAAUGAUCUAGAAUUAAAAUAUCUUUGCUGAUUUGAAAGUAUAGAGUUUGCUCCAAUAAUUAGAGAUGAUUAUAUUUUAAUUGAUGGGUGUUGCUUGA